CCCACAGUCAGCCUCAUGGCUCCCCUGUGCCCCAGCCCCUGGCUCCCUCUGUUAAUCCCAGCCCCUGCCCCAGGCCCCACUGUGCAGCUGCUGCUGUUGCUGUUGCUUUUGGUGCCUGCCCAUCCCCAGAGCCUGUCCCAGAUGCAAGAGGAUCCCCACAUAGGAGGAGAUUCAUCUGGGGAUGAUGAUCCACUGAGCAAGGAGGAUUUGCCCAGUGAAGAAGAUCCACCUGGAGAGAAGGAUCUACCUGGAGAGGAUUAUCCACCUGGAGAGGAAGAACUACCUGGAGGGGAGGAUCCACCUGGAAAGAAGGAUCCAUCUGAAGUUAAGAUUGAACCAGGAGAAAAGGACUCUCUGAAGUUAGAAGAUCUACCUACUGUGGAGGCUCCCAGAAAUACUCAAGGCCCCCAGAAUAAUGCCCACAGAGACAAAAAAGGGGAUGACCACAGUCAUUGGAGCUAUGGAGGCGACCCGCCCUGGCCCCAGGUGUCCCCAGCCUGUGCGGGCCGCUUUCAGUCCCCGGUUGAUAUCCGCCGCGAGCUCGCCGCAUUUUGCCCAGCCCUGCGACCCCUGCAACUCCUGGGUUUUGAGCUCCCACCACUCCCAGAACUGCGCUUGCACAACAAUGGCCACACUGUGCAGCUGACUCUGCCUCCCGGGCUAGAGAUGGCUCUGGGUCCCGGGCGGGAGUACCGGGCCCUGCAGUUGCAUCUGCACUGGGGGGCUGCGGGCCGCCCAGGCUCGGAGCACACUGUUGACGGCCACCGUUUCCCUGCCGAGAUCCACGUGGUUCACCUCAGUACCGCAUUUGCCAAAGUUGAGGAGGCCUUGAGGCGCCCAGGAGGCCUGGCCGUGCUGGCCGCCUUUCUGCAGGAGGGUCCAGAAGAAAACAGCGCCUAUGAGCAGUUGCUGUCACAUUUGGAAGAAAUCCGUGAGGAAGGCUCAGAGACUUGGGUCCCAGGAUUGGACAUAUCUGCUCUGCUACCCUCUGACCUCAGCCGCUACUUCCAAUAUGAGGGGUCGCUGACCACACCACCCUGUGCCCAGGGGGUCAUCUGGACCGUGUUCAACCAGACAGUGAGGCUGAGUGCUAAGCAGCUCCACAUCCUCUAUGGCUCUCUGUGGGGAUCCGGUGGCUCUCGGCUGCAGCUGAACUUCCGAGCGACACAGCCUUUGAAUGGGCGGAUGAUUGAGGCCUCAUUCCCUGCUGGAGUGGACGACAGCCCUAGGACCGUUGAGUCAGUCCACCUGAAUUCCUGCCUUGCUGCUGGUGACAUCCUGGCCCUGGUGUUCGGCCUCCUCUUUGCUGUCACCAGCAUCGCCUUUCUUGUACAGAUGAGAAGGCAGCACAGACACAGAAGUGGGACCAAAAGGGGUGCUGGCUACUGCCCAGCAGAGGUUGCCGAGACUGGAGCCUAGAGGCCUGGAACUUGGAGAAUGUGCAGAGAAACCAGCUACAGGAAUCUGAGGGGGAGCUGGAAACUUUGUUCUGUCCUGCCCAUUAUACCACUUCCUUUUUAACUGCCAAAGAAUUUUUUUAAAAUAAAAUAUUUUUAAUAAAA